UGGUAUAUUGUGGCGCCUCUAGUGAUUGUAUUUUAGCCUUUGUAAAAAUGUGAAAUGUGGAGUUUCUUGGAAAAGAAAGUGUUUAUGGGGGUUUUUAGCUUCUUCUUGUAAUAUUGAUUGCAUUAAGAACCUUGGUAGAUAUUAUCGCCAGAUGGUCAGAACCACUAAUAUGUAUAUUACAGUUUCACGAUUUACUAAUUUACAUUUAGCACAACAAAUUCAAAAUGCUCCUGCAUGUUCUGACCAAUUAAACCUUCUUGUACAUGUUAUAAUUGGUUCCACACCGGUUAAACAGACCUAUCAUGGAACACACAAAUGUUAUUUACCAUUCAUACAAACCUUGACGAAAUCAUAGUCCACUAACACAAAGAAAUUCAACUCGAACUUUGAAAACUGUUGGUUUGAAAUUAAUACUAAGGUUAACCAUAAAAGAAACAAUGAUGGUUUUUCCAGUGGUCCUUCUGUUACCUGCAUAUUUCCAUUCCUAGGUAUCUUUAACCAUGACUACAAAUAGAAAGUUUUCUUUUUGUUCCAUGUAGAUUAAAUACAAAUAACUUCAUUUGCUGAUAAAAUAAACAAAUAACCUCAUUUGGGUCAAUUAUAAGUUAGUUGGACUUUAAAUGUUAUCAUGUGAUAGUUACCAUUUAACAUACGAUACCAAACAAAGAAAAGAAAGACAUAAUUCAUCUUGCAUGGUAAUAUAUAUAAAUAAAAUUAGAAUAAUAAAUCAACAACAGGCUACGUGUAUCCCCCUACGUAUGCGGUUUAAAUAGCUUCAAAAAAACAAAAGUGUUAGCAAAUACGCUGUGUAUCCCUCCACUUAUUGGAUCCCUUUUGAUUUAUGCAUGUAAGUGUCCAAAUCUUGAGAGGGAUUUAAAGUCAAGAAACGUAGAAAGAAGAGAGAGAAGGGGAAAAUGGCAAGAGGGAGAGUGGAAGUGAAGAGAAUAGAGAACAAGGUCAAUAGACAAGUAACCUUCUCCAAAAGAAAAGGUGGUUUGCUCAAGAAAGCGUACGAACUCUCUGUUCUAUGUGAUGUCGAGGUUGCUCUUAUCAUCUUCUCCAGCAGUGGCAAGCUCUAUGAGUUCAGCAGUGACGCAAUGGAGAAAACAAUUGAAAGGUACAAUCGCUGUAACAUCAACAUUUUGGACAAUAAUAGACCGGAAGAGUCUACACAGAAGUGGUCUCAAGAGGUGACAAAGCUCAGAUCCAAAUACGAAUCUCUUCUUCGCACUCAUAGGUAUUUGCUUGGGGAAGAUCUUGGAGAGAUGAGUGUCAAAGAAUUGGAGACGCUGGAGAGACAGCUUGAAGGAGCUCUCUCGGCGACCAGGCAACGCAAGAUGCAGGUUACUAUGGAACAAAUGGAAGACCUUCGUCGAAAGGAGAGGCAGCUCGGAGAUAUAAACAAGAAGAUGAAGCUUGAGGUAGAAGGUCAUGAAUUCAAAGGCUUUCAAGACCUUUUGCUAAAUUCGGAUGCCAGGGCUGGUUCCACUGAUUUCUCCUUGCUGUCCUCUCACCACAACUCUGUGGAUUGCGACGUCGGACAGUUCUUGAAGAUCGGGUUUCAACAACAAUAUGAGCAAGGUGAUGGAUCUUUGGUGUUAGAGAGUAAUGUGGGAUGUGACUGUGAAACCAACUUGACCCAAGGAUGAGUUCAUCGAAUGGUCACACAAAAAUGAGAAGCUUAUAUUCUUCUCUUUUUCGAAGUUAUAUACCAAAGUUUUCUGUUUAGUAGGUACAAUAGCUAAUUUAAAAUAUGAAAUACAGCUUAGAACGACCAUUCACAUUACAACUUAUGUUUCACAAUGAAUGUUCUUUUGGGUAUAAUUUAUUGGUUUUUCUUCUUCUU